AUGGCUCCGAAGAAGAGUAAGAAGGUCCGAAAUGAAUCUUUCAUCCUCGAGGAUGAGUUCGGGAAAUACUUUUCCUCAGAACUCGAUGAUAGGAAACUAGCUCUGAUGAAAGGCGGCUGCGGUAUCCCUCGACAAGUUAAACUAAUAGCUCCGGAGCCCAGAGAGUCUCCUGAAUCUCCUCCUACCGGUCACUGCUGCGCCUUCGAAAUAUUCUUUACGGAGUGCGGCCUUUCCUUUCCUUUACCGGGGCUUCUGAUAAAACUUAUGCACGAACUGGGGAUCGCUUUGCCUCAGCUUUGCCCGAAUGUAGUUCGGAUAGUACUAUGCCUCCAGACUCUUGCAGAGGAGAAUGGAUACCGGAUUACGCUAUCCGACAUUUUUCAUCUCUACACAAUGAAGAAGGGGCGAACCCCAGGAACCUUCUUCCUUAGCCCGAGGAGUCAUUUCAGGGUCUUCGGAGACUUUCCUGAAAAAGAUGAGAAGUGGAGGAAAUCAUAUUUCUUCUUUCCUGUUGACGAGUUCACGUAUGGUCCAGAUGCAGGAUUUUUUGUUCGGGACUGGACACGUCGUCCUGUUAAACUCCCGAGGACACCGGUCUCUCACACCUUUGCAGAACAGUUCAUCAGGAUUUGCAAUCAAAGUGACCUCGCGUGGGAGCUUUUUACUUGUGAACGAAUUCGGAACUCGUGCUCCCGUGUCCGCAAUCGCUCCGACCUUAUUACUUCUUCUCCACCUCACACUUCUCCCAUCAUCGAUAGAAACAUGUCUCCAGUUUCCUACCGCGAAGAGAAGAGGCUCCAAAAAGAGAGGGAAAAGGUUAGGGAAGCAAGGGAAAAGGAAGAUAAGGCCAGAAUGGCGAAGGCCCUGGAAGAGGGAAAAUCCAGAUCCGCAUCUGGGAAAGGAAGGACCUCCGGCUCUGUUAUGCCGGCAUCUGAAUCGAAGACUUCCGAUCAUCGAGAUCAAGUGAAGGAGUCUGCUGGUAAAGAGAUAGUCCGAAUUUCGGAUUCCCGUUCCUCCCGAUCAUCUCGGGAAAAAGAGUAUUCUGACGGAGGACCAACUGCAACUUCCUCGAGGAAACGCAAGAGCGAGGACUCAGAUGUUCUUCCUCUACAUCGCAAAAGUCGUUCUCACACGAAUGUUGAUGUGAAUCCUUCCGAAGAUGCCGGGACUACUAGCCAAGGAGCUAAAGACACUUCUCAGGGGAUUCCGCUGUCCGAACCUCCCGGUCAAGUCAUGGUCUUGCCUUCGCGAGAUUCAGAGAAUCGGGAAUCUGGUCGUCAAGAAAUCCCUAUUCCAAUAGCCCCUCCGAAGUCCCCAGCUGAUUUCAUGAGGAAUUUCACUCCGGCUGGGAUGAGGAUCCCGACCUUCAGCGAGCUAAAAGAAGUCAACAGGGCGAAUUACUUUCGCUUCGCCGACAAACUUGGAGAGAUUAUGCUCGAAUACAACACCACCUUUUCUUGUCACGAGAGCCAGCUCUUCCCCGUGAACGAGCUUGACAGCCUUAGGACUCGAGUUGCUGAACUCGAAGAGGAGAUCCGUCAGAUGAAAGAGAUGGAGGAAGAGAAUGCUAAAGCUGUGGCGAAGGCCAACGAUAUCCGGGAACGGAUGUUGAGUGCCGAAGCUCGCUGUAACCAUCUUGAUGUAGUUAACACGGAUCUGUCGGUGAAACUGAAGACCGGAAAGAACAUGUACCUUGAGGCAUGUGACAAGAUAACUUCGUUGGAGGCCGAAGUCAAGCGAAGUGAGGAAUGGUGCAAGGUUGCUGCGGAAAAACGAGACGAGGAGCUCGCAGCAGCAAGGAAGGAUGAGCGAAAGAAACUCCGAGAACAUUACAGUGGCUUGAUCUCAAAGCAUGAGAUCUACCUGAAAGCCCUGAGUGAGAAUGAGUCGAUAAGCAACCGAGCUGCGGAGACUAGAGCAAAUCGGGAACUUCUCGAGGAGCUUAAGAGAGGCAAAAUCCCGGAUAUUGAUGCCGAGCUGGAGUUUGUGAAGAAGGAUGAAGCGGAUGCGGAGGCCAGAGUUAACAAGAUAAACGCUCUCAAGCCUCGUCCUGAUGAAUUUGCUCAUCUCUUUGUCGCCACUCCUCCCGAGUCAGCACCUGAAGGUCCUUAUACCGAGGAAGAACUUGUAAUCGAUGAGUUCGAUUCCAACAAAAAUCUCAUGUUCGAGCUCAAAACAGUCCAGGGGUCGGAGGAAAAGCGACAGCAGGAUCCCGAAGCCUAA